AUGGCCAACUUCACCGGCACCUGGAAGAUAUUCGCCUCGGAGUUGUUCGAUGAGCUGUUGAAGGAGCACGGGGUCAACAUAAUACGCCGACAGUUGGCGACGGCUGCGGCCUCCAAGUCAGAGGUGGAGAUCAAGCAAGAGGGAUCCUCCUUCAAGAUCAAGACCUCCACCCCCGUGCGCACCACAGAGAUCCACUUUGAGGUCGGGAAGGAGUUUGAGGAGCAGACGGUGGACGGGAGGCCUUGCAAGAGUUUGGCCGAGUGGGAGAACAGCAACAAGAUUGUGUGUGAGCAGAAGCUGCUGGAAGGAGAAGGGCCCAAAACCAGCUGGUCCCGGGAACUGACCAACGAUGGGGAGCUCAUUCUGACCAUGAAGGCCAACAACGUCGUCUGCACGAGGACCUACCGCCGCAAGUGAGAGGCCUCCGGGCAGCGCCAGACACGACGACGGGGGGGGGGGGGGGCAGACCGGACGGCCCAGGGGCAUCCCUGCCCUGCAGCACAAUGGCAGCCUUCCCCACUGCCUGGCCCCUCUUCUCCCUCCGUGCUCAGAGGCCCCCCUCAGCCACCAGGCUAACAAAGCCCCUCAGAAUGGCCUUUCUACCCUGGCUGGAAGGGGGAGGGCUGAAGCAACCUCUCCCCUUCGGAGACCCCCUCCCCCCUUUGCCCCCUUGGAGGAGGGGUACAGAGGCCGGCCUUGUUUGGCUGAUUAACUGUGGAAUCCGGGGUCAAGACGUGGCUCCCUACAAGCUGGAGCCUCUCCCCUCCUCGGUGGGACAAGGGGGCUUCCCUUCAGGUGUCCCUGCUGCCCCCUCCUCUUUGUUCCUGGCCGGUUUGCGCUGCUCCUCGUGCUGAACCACCAAAGCAGCAGAGAAAUCUUCCUGCAGAGACCCACUGAAGGCCUGGCGCAAGAUCAGCCCUCACCCCACAUGGUCUCCUUUCCUUUUAGCCCGAAGCCUGUAACGUUUGUGAAGGUGCC